AUGGUGACAGAGGAAGCCUUUUGCUCUAUCUGCCAAGACAGGGGUCAGAAUGUGCUCCGUGCCGAGUGUGGCGACCGCUUUUGUGCCAGCUGCGUGUCGAAGCACAUCAAGUUCACAGACUUCGGCAAAGCUGCUCUGUGUCCCAACUGCCGUGCUGAAAUUUCGGAGUUGAAGGGUGAGCCUCCUUCCAUCCAAGACGUUUUUAACGUGCGAUACAAGAACAUUCACUUCAGAGGUCUCCAACUGCAGGAAGGACAGGACUUGCAUCAAUUGGUGGGGGAGCUCUUUGGCCUAGACGCCUCAAAACUCUGGCGCCUGCGCCUGAUCUGUCGCGGCUCGCUGGUAGAUGUCAACACACGCCCUAGGCAGCUGGGGCAGCAGCCGCUGCUGAUGGCUCCUCCACUGGGAGGGGUACACCCCGGGUUGUGUUUUCGAGUGAGGAUGUUGAACGCGGCAUGUUGCAGCGGGCCAGCGAUUGGUUCUCAUCCUGGUGGACAGAGAAAGAUUGAACCCAGACCGGGGAUCGUCCAGAUUCAGGAUCAAUGGAGAACUUGA